AUGAAAAACGUCAACGUCAACGCAAAACAAGCGAAGACCGCUCAACACGUGAAACUUGAAGAGACUCUCCUGACUUGGUUUAAAGAAGUAACCGCAGUUGGCGUAAACAUCGAUGGCAAAGUUUUGCGGGAGAAAGCCGACGAGUUUGCACUUGCUCUGCACAUCGAUGAAUUUCAGGUCUCAGAGUAUGAGCCUCGUGAUGUUUUUAAUGCUGAUGAGGCAGGUCUCUUUUUUAACCUGCAACCCGAAAAGAGCCUCUAUUUCAAAGGCAAAGAAUGCAGAGGAGGCAAAAAAAGCAAAGAGCGUAUUACUGUGCUCUUGUGCUGCAACGCCGACGGAUCGGAAAAGCUUAAGCUGACCGUAGUUGGAAAGUUCCAAAAGCCCCGGUGCUUCAAGCGCAAGAAUCAUUUGCCGUGCGUCUAUCGCGCAAACAAAAAGGCCUGGAUGACGGCGGCGUUGUUUGAAGAGUUUCUGUCACUCCUUGACAGGAGGAUGGCUUAUAAGAAUCGGAAGAUUCUUCUUUUUCUUGACCAGUGCGCCGCCCACCCGAGACAAGUAACGCUUCAGAACGUCAAACUCUUCUUUUUACCCGCAAACGCGACGACGCACCUGCAACCCCUCGACGCUGGGAUUGUUAGGAAUGUGAAGCACCAUUUUAAGAGCCUUCUUGUGCGUCGCCUACUCGCAAAAAUUGACCGAAAGGACGAAGAUGACCCGAGAAUAAGCCUCUUGGACGCCAUCCAUUUUAUAGCUGUGGCAUGGAAUCGGGUAACUCCGACUACCAUAGCGAACUGUUUCGGCAAAUGCGGCUUCUUCGGGAGUCCAGAAGAGGUGCCCCCAGAGCCGGAAGAUCCUACAAUUGAGGACUGGGAACAGCGCAACGUCGAGUGCACAUCUGAUGAUUUUUGCACAGCAGAUGACAAUCUCGCUACCUGUGGUGCGCGCACGGUCGAAGAUAUUGUUGAGGAGGCCACGUGCGAGGCCGCCGAUUCUAGCGAUGAUGGCGACGACAUAGACGUGGGCGACGACGAAGGACGAGCAUCGGCGGCUGAAACACUGCACGCGCUCGACGUUCUGAGGCGCGCUGUGGCCGCGGAUGAAGUCAGCGACGACACGUGCACGCGUUUUUAUGCUUUCGAACAAAGUCUGCUAGGUGACCUGGCGAAGAAAAAGAGGCAGAAGGACAUCAGAGACUUUUUCAUCAAGAAAUAA